AUGUUGACGGCCGAGCAGAACACGCAGCUGUUGGCGGUGGAGCACGACCAGCGCUGGUCCUUCGCCUUCUUUUUGCCCGGGUGCAAAUCCGCCUGCGAGAGCUACUUCGGAGAUGCGGUGGAGAAGCUGGUGGAUGAUGACGUGGUGCACCUCCUGUGCUACCAGUCUCGCAAGACAGCAAUGCUCGGCAAAGCGCAGAGUGAAAGCCCGGCCGUGGUGGCGCACACCACGCAGGACUGGGCCAAACGUCAUGAGAAGCGAGGCGGCAGAGAUGAACGCCUACUGCGCGAGGUGGCGGCGCACGUGCAAAAGCUUCUUCGCGUGGAAGGUGCCUUGACGCAGCUCACGGACACGUCGAAGGUCAUCACCUGGAAGCAAUGUCAGGUGACAGAGCCUGUGGCAUCAGAGACACCCUGCAUGGUGGUGAGCCGCGAGCCCCCGCUGCUGCUGGCCGGGGACUACUUCGCUGAGUCCAGCUUCAGCGGCUGCCUGCAGAGCGGCGUGGCGGCAGCAGAGGCUUUGUCCAAGUUGCUGGGUCCGCCCAAGGCGCAGCAACGCUGGAGAGCUGACAAGCUAGGCGAAGCACCGGAGAUGGCUGCGGGUUUGCUUCCCGUGGAGCCUGCCAAGGCACCAGAACUGCCGGUGAACGGCUUUCAGAGUGCAGGGCUCCACGGCUGCGCAGGUCUGCUGACUGCCCCUCGGCAAGGCCCUGGGCUGGCGCUCACUCUGAGCGCGCAGCCCGGCCUGGACAGCAGCCACCGAGUUCUGGGGCCCGUGCUGUCCGGGCGGCGCUGCUUCCGGCGCCUGGAAGCCUUGGUGCCGCUGUCUCACGAGGCCCACCCGCGGGUGCCCAUCUUCUUCCAGCUGCCAAAGCUGGAGGAAGAGGCGAAGCCGCAGUUGCGCCUUGAGCCUUACAAAGACUCAGCAGCGCAGCCCUUUGCGGAGGAUCCCGAAGAGGCUGCUCUUCCACCAGAGGAGCUGCUCGACCUUGCUGACGUGGAGCUUAACGGCCGCGACGUUGAGGUGGCCGACCUGAAGCAGAGUACUUUCAGCCGGGAGCGACAGCAGGGUGUCGACAAAGUCGAGGAGGCGCUCACCAAGCUCCUGCAGCGCUUGGAGGGCCUCGAAAACUUGGACGAGACCCUCUCAGGCGCCUCACAGUUGAGAUGGCGAGCCCAUCAAGAUGAAGCAACGUGGGGCCGGCAAACGAAUUUGCGCUUGGCGCUUAUGAAGCGUCCGUUGGAUAGCUCCACAGAACACACGGAUGACAGCUAA